ACGGCAUGUGCCUUUCUGUGUCGGCCAUUUUGUAGUUUCCUUGAGAAAUUGUGUUGAGUUGAUUCAUCUUCUCGGUAAGAAUUUUAUAAAAUUCUAAAACGGCGCGACUCACAUUGAUCCAAAUGAUGUAGAGGAUUGAGGGCAGAUGCUUAUGGCUAACUAUUCAUAGCUUGAGAACGAGGAAUAAGGUUGCGUUUUUUGCGCACAACCGUGUGCGCUCACGGUACUUACACCCGAAGAACGAGCCAGUAAACGAAGCUGCUGAGAACACCUAUUGAUAAAGGCACAUGGAAUCUGGGAUUGUUUCGGGAUGAAUGGUGAUUUCGGGUACGUGUACAUGAAUGGGGACAUCGGGAAGCUCCCACCAGGGGCGGUCUAUCCAGCCACCCCUGAACCUUUGGGUUCUGUUGGGGGUGCAAUUGGAAGUACUGCAUCCAAUCUGGAAUAUAACAUCAUGAAUGGAGUUCCAAGUGGAAAUGAAUUAAUAUUGGAGGCAGCUGUUGGUAAUUUGGAACCUACAUUGCAACACGCUAUUGGUAUAGGGGGUGCAGCAGGUUACGGUCCAGUAGACGUUGCUCCCUUAGGUGAUGUGCCAAAUCAACCUGCUCCAAUGGGUGACAUAUCUGCCCCUGGUAUACCGUUGGAACAACUUAAACAAAUGCUCUCUUCACAACUUGAAUAUUAUUUCUCCAGAGAAAACUUAGCUAAUGAUACAUAUUUAUUAUCACAAAUGGAUAAUGAUCAAUAUGUACCAAUAUGGACAGUAGCAAAUUUCAACCAAGUAAAGAAAUUGACAAAAGAUAUAAAACUUAUAACAGAAGUUCUCAGAGAAUCUCCAAAUGUACAAGUUGAUGAAGAGGGGCAGAAAGUAAGACCUAACCACAAACGAUGUAUUGUAAUUCUUCGUGAAAUACCAGAUAAUACGCCAUUGGAAGAUGUAAAGAAUUUAUUCUCUGGGGAAGGAUGUCCAAGGUUUAUAUCAUGUGAGUUCGCCCAUAAUAGUUCUUGGUACGUAACUUUUGAAUCUGAUGAAGAUGCUCAAAAGGCCUACAGGUUUUUACGUGAGGAAGUUCGGGAGUUUCAGGGAAAGCCAAUAAUGGCUAGAAUCAAAGCUAAACCAAUGAAUAGGCUACCAAUCCCGGCAGUUGCUAGUGUGGGUGGUAUUAAAAAUGGUUAUAGAACAACACCACCACCACCGCCUGUUUAUGAUCCAAAUAGCUAUACAGCUGGACAGCAACGCUUCCUUUAUACAAAUGGUACUACUAUGCCACAAACUACAAUGCCGCCAUAUGCCAAUCAGGUUCAUGUAUAUCAUCAACCAUUUUAUCCUCCUGGAAUGAUGCCUUGGGGACCUGCGAGUCCCGCUUACUUUGAUAUGUCAGGUGUUUUUAUGAAUGGUAUUACACCACAUAACACGUUUAAACCACAUAACAGAUACAACCCUCGUCACAGAAAUAAGCAAAGAAAUGGAUCUGAAAGGCCAGGCUUAAUGGAUGGUGGUGGUAAUAUGGUGCCAAUGGGACGUACUUCACAUCCGCCUAUAAGUGGGGCACCAAUAUCUUUAGGAGCAACAGUUCCGACUUUUACUUCGAGCUUGCCUACGGUGAAGCCAACUUCUUCUUCCUACCAGACCGGCACAAAAUUCCAUUCCUCACAUACAACCGUAGCAACUGGAGAGGCCCAUUAUAAUAGCAGUCAUUCGAAAGGAUCCCAAGAAAAUGAUGCGCAAACUCUGGAUUCUGGAGUACAAUUUCCGCGUCACCGUAUGCAUCGUAGGACCAAAGACCAAGAGUCAUUAUCAAAGGCUAAUAGUAGCCCUUUACCGUCAAUCAGAGAAUCUACCCCGGCCAGUAAUAAUAACACACAAUGCAACCGAGGGGUACAAUUCGAUUUGGAAGCUUCUGCUUUCCCUCCUCUUCCUGGCCUAGAUGCUGAUCUUGCAAAAUCCCAUAAUGCUUCAGUAGAAACUGUUGGUACAGAUUGUACGCAAUCGCAGAAUAGGCUUUCAGAUGUAGUUAAAGGUACUGCAAAAUUGAAAAGCGUCAAAGAAAAAGAACCUACAGGAACUUCACAACAAUACCAUCAACAACCAACAAGUAACAGCAGUAGGUCUGCAAGUCCAGGGUCAAGUGCUGGUGGUCAUGCUGGUUUGCUAGAAGCUCCAACUGGUUCUAGCAGUACAUCAACAACUACUUCCGUUGCAUCUACAAAUGUCAGCUCUAAUGCUUCUGCUAGCAACAAUGACUCCACAGACAUCGCUCUCAGCACCAUCACUCUCACUCCCCCGUCAUCUCCUGAUAAGUUUAGUCCUUUAUUAUUGAAAUGCACCGCUGACAGAUCUGUAAAGACUGACGAUUCAAACAUGGUGAAUGGAGUGGACGAGGCUGUUUCAAAUGCACACACAGUGGAAGAUUCUGAACAAGUAUCUAGGUGUGAAUGUAAUAUCCCUACUGCCUCACAAAAUUCCCAGUCACAAGUGGGAGGAACUUCUACUUUCCCUGUAGAUCUUACAAGACCGAGUUAUGCUCAAGUAGCACAACACUGUCGCGAAUUACCUUGUACAAAACAUAAGACAGAUGAAAGGGAUGGAAAUAUGUAAAUCAAUAUAUACUACCGCAGUGAAUUUCAAUAUUUAGCUGUUAUUCUUCAUCUGGAUUAUAUGGAUUAUGUACCACUGCUUUUAUCCUAUACUGGAUAUAGUGGGUAUGAAGAAAACUUUUUACAUUGUACAGUGACUUCGCCUACAAUGAAUGUGGUAUCAAUUAACUAUCAUACAAAAAUUGUUUGAAGAAACUCUAAUUCGCUGCAUAUUUAAAAAAAAAAAUACGUUUGCUGGCAGGAUAAUACAUUGUGUAGAAGAGUAUUGUUAAUGCUUUGGUUCUGUGAUUUUGGAGGUACAUAUUUGUUAGCUUGUAAAAAUGUUAAACUAAGGUAUUAAUCUUUUAAUUCCUUUCUCCUCUCCCCUUUCAUAGCACAGGGCCGUAACUGGGAAAUGUUUAUCUUUGUGCCAAACCUUGCUAUGUGCGUACAGCUUAAUGAAUGUUCAGAGUGCAACGAAACUUAUUCAGUAAAUACAGAAUUCUGAUUAAAAAAACGAAAAAAAGAAUGUAACUUUUAAAGCAGAUAAAUCAUAAGGAUGCUUAAUUUGAAAAAAUUAAUUUCUGUUUUCUUGUAAUUUUCUAUAUUUCAUUUACAUUAUUUAUAAAUAAGAUCUGCAUUUUUCCAGAAUAUUAAUGACAAUUAUAAUAGAUGACGUUAAAAUAUAAAUAAUUAAUGUACAAAUGAAAUAUUUACCGUAUCAUCUGAGUUUUUGAAAAUUUUGGGAAGUAUUUGGGAAGUGUUUGAAAAUUCAAAAUGAAAACGAAACAAGGAAAUGCUUUAUUGGUGAGAUAUAAAGUAUCUGUGGUCUCACUAUCAUUGCCUACAGUUAUAUGUAUUAAAGCAUUCUAAUGAGAAAAA